CCAGGAGCCCCUGGGCGAUCGAUCUCCGAAAGGCACCAAGCGAAGCGAGAUCAGCCAGGAUGGGCCCGAGAGCUCCCUGUUGAGCCCUGGCGGAUCAGAGCAGUCGACUUUUGGCGACGGAGCGUCCUGUUGUUCUUCGUCCACCAUGCUCUUCGGUGCUUCAGAGACGGGCUCCGAGUAUGACAUCUCUCCCACGUCCCCGCGCACGGAUGGCGACUUUGAUAUGUUGAAGCCACACACCUUUUGCGCGGCAGAAAGCAUCCAAAGGCCCAAUUCCACGGGCGGCCUGAUGAACAACGAUGCGGUACGGCGCAGUCGCUUCUUGACCACGGAGUUCUCCGGGACGUUAAGCUCUGUCCGGGGAAGUUCUGUUCGGAGUUCUUCAGCCGGUCGAGUGACCUUGCAAGGCUGCAAUGGCUCCGCCAUUCUGGCCAGGAGAAGAAACAUGGCUGGAAAUUGAAGGGCGCAGCGGGGCUUUGUGCUGCUUCCACGCCGUGGGGCCGUGGACCACUGGGGUUGUCCAAUCCUAUGGCUUUCCUGCCUGAAAAUGCUCUGAUAGCCCAGAUUUCAAUGGGUUGGUGGUUUGGAAGAAC